GGCGUCAAUCCAUACCCCGCAGGAAUUGCGUGACAAAAGACGGAUACUCGGAAUGGGAAUUAGAAUAUAUAUGGAUGAUGUUCUCGGUGCAGGAUGCGUUCUAGAUAUCACCACAAAAACAGCACAGCUGUCAUAGUUGCACCUGCAGACAUCCAAUAUGGCCCCAUCUUUGGUUGAAGAAACUCCUCUGUCGCUUCGGGCGGCACCUAAGACUACGCUUAAGACCGAUGCUGGUUUUAAUAAGGAGAAUGUGAUUGGCUAUGGAGAGGCUUACAAGCUUGAGAACGAGCUGAAGGGAACUGAGAAGCAGCCGCCAGCUUCUUUCCCAAACUAUCUUCCUGUCUGGGACAAUGAAACAGAAAGAUACCCUCCCCUUCAGCCCUUCGAGCACUACGACCACGGAAAGGAUGCCGACCCGACCUUCCCUGAUCUUCUCCCCAAGGACAAAGCCGAAGUCGACGACAUUACACCGACCAUUGGCACUGAGGUUCGCGGUGUCCAGCUGAGCCAACUGACCAAGGAAGGGAAAGACCAGCUGGCUUUGUACGUAGCUCAGCGGAAGGUCGUUGCAUUCCGCGACCAAGACUUCGCGCACCUGCCCAUCGAGAAAGCCCUAGAAUUCGGCGGCUACUUUGGCAGACACCACAUCCAUCAGACCUCUGGAGCACCCAAGGGCUUCCCAGAGAUCCACCUCGUGCACAGAGGUGCCGAUGACAGAAGCGGCGCUGAAUUUCUGUCCCAACGCACCAACACAAUCACCUGGCACUCGGACGUGACCUUCGAGAAGCAGCCUCCGGGCACGACCUUCCUGUACAUUCUGGACGGACCAUCAAGCGGUGGUGACACCCUCUUCGCCGACAUGGCACAGGCAUACAGACGUCUCUCGCCUGAGUUCCGUAAGAGACUUCACGGGCUGAAGGCAGUUCACUCUGGCAUUGAGCAGGUCAACAACAGUCUGAACAAGGGUGGUAUUGCUCGACGGGAUCCGAUUACUUCUGAGCACCCGAUUGUCAGAACUCACCCGGUGACCGGAGAAAAAGCCCUCUUUGUGAACCCCCAAUUCACCCGCUACAUCGUCGGCUACAAGAAAGAAGAGUCUGACUACCUCCUCAAAUUCCUCUACGACCACAUCGCUCUCUCUCAGGAUCUCCAGACCCGGGUGAGAUGGCGUCCUGGAACUGUGGUCGUUUGGGACAACCGCGUUGUCACCCACUCUGCCCUCUUCGACUGGGAAGACGGCCAGAGACGACACCAUGCGAGAAUCACUCCACAGGCGGAAGCGCCAUAUGAGACGCCGUUUGAGGGUUAGCCGCACUGCCUCGACAGUUUCUACUAAUGAAGUGCACGAUGGCAGCGGGACUGGCCUGGAUAUGAAUUACAGGACAGAGCAUGAAUUAGCAGAUUAUCAACUGUGUGCAGCCGUUAGGACAUUCCCACUAGUAAUAUUUAUAGCAGCGCUUGGGAACACCACCCAGCAUUAAGAAC